UCACGACGGGUUGCGGAUGGAAGUUUAAUAAACACCGUGGAAAAAUUAUCAAUAUUUUUCCACUCUUUUUUGAACGUAUUAUAUUCUCGAAAUAGAAUAAGGAAGAGCGGUGAGCAAUUAGAGUGUGUGAUAGAAAUCAGUCAACAGCUGCAAGCUACAGGGAAAAGAUUUUGUCACUUCAGUAUAGCCUACAAUCGGAAAAAAAAUUAUAAGCGUUGUUUGAAACAAGCGCUCUCAGCUGUGGUUCCACAAUGGCAUCAAAAACGCCAGCAUUGCAAGAUGACGAAAGGUUCGCGCUAAUGAAGUUCCGUCGACAAGUUGCAGACAUAAUCAAACCAGAACACGAUGAUUAUUAUCUACUGCGAUGGUUGCGUGCACGUUCAUGGAACCCCGAAGCUGCCGAGAAGAUGUUGCGCGAGUCGAUGAAGUUCCGCGAGCGUUGGAAUGCCGAUGAGAUCGACAAAUGGCCGACGCCACAAAUAUUGCGAGAACUGUUCCCUUACGGCGUGUCCGGCUUCGACAAGGAUGGAUCUCCAAUCAUCAUUAUCCCUUUCGCCGGAUUUGACAUCUGGGGCCUACUGCACACCGUUUCUAGGGCGGACAUCGUGCGGAUGACACUGCAGGCACUCGAAGGAUACAUGAAACUUGCGUAUGAACAGAGCAAAAAGUUGGACGAUCCCAUCUGUCGUCAAUUUGUGGUAAUUUUUGACAUGGAAAACUUCAACCUAAAGCAGUACGUGUGGAGACCCGCUAGCGAGGUUGUCAUUGCGCUCAUCAAAAUGUAUGAGGCUAACUAUCCGGAAAUUCUCAAAUGUUGCUAUAUUAUCAACGCACCAAAAGUAUUCGCAUUUGCGUACAACAUGGUAAAGGGUUUACUGGGGGAAUACACGAUAGAGAAAAUAAAGAUCUACAAGUCGGACCAGAGCAAGUGGCUCCCGGCGAUUCUAGAGCAGUGUGACGCUGACCAGAUUCCCAAGUACUUUGGCGGUACCCAAACAGACGAGGAUGGUAAUCCAAGGUGCGAGAAGAAAAUCUGUUGGGGUGGGAAGGUGCCACCCUCGAUGUAUACAUCCAAGGAAGAUAGCUUCAACAACAAUUUGACAUUUACCGAGACUGAGAUUAAAAAAGGCGGCAGAGUGAAGCUGACAUUCGACUGUGAGAAGGCGGGCUGUUUUUUGAAAUGGGAGUUCCGCACGUACGACCAUGACAUUAAAUUCGGUAUCAAAUGUGUCAACAAGAAGACCCAAGAAAGCGAAAUUGAAGUUCCACUGAAGCGCGUUGCAUCGCAUCAGGUGGACGAAUCUGGAUUCAUAACCUGUCAACCGGGAUGCACCUAUUUCGUGAUGUUUGACAACUCGUACAGUUACUUCAAGAACAAAAAGAUCCGAUAUUCGGUCCUGCUCACUACACCGCUCAGUGAAAUUGAGCAGGCAGCUAGUUCCGUUUCCGUAACAGACGAGGCAACUGUCGAAACGGAAGAUUAGGCCGUUCACUGUUGGACAAAUUAAAUUAAUUAAUCACAUUCAGUCAUCAACUAGACUUUCCUAUCUGUAUAUAAUAUUGGCAUCUUUUUUUAUAUAGGCGGGUAGAUAAAACCGAAAAACCACGCACUAUUAAUGUAAACACGAAGUUUUUGCUUCUCUUUAGGCGCUGGUGGAAGCAUACUUAUGGACGAAACUAAUUUUUAUCAGACAUAUUCUUAUCUCUGUCCAUCACUCAAUAUAGUUUAUGACAUGUCCUAUUGUUCUCGCCCCAUUAGAGCUCAUUUUCGACCAAAGAUUUUGGCAUCUUUUGGUGCUGAAUUCCAAGAUAUUAAUCGUUGCUUCAAAAUAGCAAAACUAGGGAAGAGGCGUGAAAAUACAAUAAAAACACAUGCAAUAAAGCAAUGGUGGGUAUGUCAAAGAAAAGUGUGAUUUUAAUUUAAUGGUAAUAAACAUAGACUGGUUAAUGUAAA